AUGACUCCCAUUACUCAUGCCGUAAAGAGGCAAUUAACAUUAGCCUUGUUAAAGCCAGACAUUUGUGCUAGUCAAAAAUUGCAAGUGCGAGUUCAUGAAGCCAUCGAGGCUCAGAAUAUUAAAAUUGUAAGCCAACGCCCUGUUCUGUGGACAAAAGAAGAAGCAGGUGCAUUCUAUGCAGAACACAAAGGAAAAUUCUUUUACGACCGUCUUGGGCCUUUCCAAGCUCUAGUUUUGUCUUCACCAGAUGCCAUUAAGGAAUGGCGCGCACUUAUAGGACCAACUCAUCCAUGCCGAGCAAGAAUUCAUCAACCUACAACUCUGAGAGCACUUUAUGGAUUGUCAGAUACCCGCAAUUCGUUCCAUGGUUCAGACUCCGAUGAAACUGCAAAGAAUGAGAUCGCUUUCUUCUUUCCGGAACUGAGCAUUGAUAAUCUCCUGAAAGUUCAAGACUCACAAGCAUAG